CUCAGACCCAUCAGGCAGCAUUCGAAAACACACUUAAAACGAGAAUAAUUGUUGUAAGCUAAGAAAUAUAUAAAGCGAUCACACUGCACAUCGUGCGAGGGAAAAAAGGUAAUCUCUAUGAGGCCGGCGCUUUGAGCUUGAGGUCCUUAAACAGCUAAUGAAUGUUUGGAAAAUGAGACAUUUGCAAAAACGAGCAGCAGCAACCCUGAAGUGUUACAUCAAACGCAGUUACGCAACAGGAUCCAAACAGGUUGAACUUACGAGCACCCGAUACCCAGGGCUUAAAAGAGGACAAUACUCGGAGGUAAGGGACAGUGUUCUCUAACUCUGAUUUAAUCUGACCCCACCCUUCACUUCACCCCUCUAACCCCACACCACCUGUACCCAAACCACCCUUACAGUCUGGCCUACACACCAAGAUCUCGAAUUUUCAAAAAUUAGUUCUCAAAGCCAGGCUCUCCUUACUUUACAGGGCCUCCCCUUCUAAAUCUACCAUUGUUUACACAUGGUGAUACAUUAUGGCAAGGUUCAUAAAAAAAAGUGCGUUAAUUUGGGUUUGUAUCAACAUUUGUUGAUCCAGUAGGGGAAAAUGGGUAAAAAGAAGGAAAGUGAUUUUUGAAUAGAUCAUGCUACUGGAAUGUGAUUGGUUGUUUCAUUGUAGUGUUUAGUUCUCAUUGGUUAGGGGAAAUAAGUGAUUCAGAGCAAAAACUGGUGGGAUUGGUGAAUAAAUUGCACCAUGAGUGUAUAAAAGGACCUCUUGUUGCAGCGUUUAGAUCACCCCUGAUGAAGGUAUGAGACAAGAGUGUCAAAACAUUGGGUCUAUGAAUUCUAACUUCUUGGUUACAUUCAUUAAAUCUUUAAACCAGAGUAGCAUCAAACCAUGUCUGACUGUCCACCUGGUUGCUAUGUGAACUUUAACCCUUUAACUCCCAGAUUAAAUUUGUAAUUCUCCUUAAUGUCAAGCAUACAAUCUUUAUAAUGUCAGUUCAGAGAAUUUAGAAUUGGAUCAACUAAUUAUCCCCAAAUUGAUAUAUUUCUUUAUUCUCACCACUUGUCUGCUUGAUAUUGUAUUGAUAUUGUUAGGAGAUAUUCUGUCUUCAUCACUCAUGGGAGUUAAAGGGUUAACAUAUUUUCAAUUGCACUGUUGUGGACCAAUCUGAUUGCAAGGAUCAACAGUGACUCGAUGAUUUUGUAUUUUUUCUAAAUUGAGUGCUACCUUCUUAUUAUGCAACAUCCCUGUUCAGGCUUAGCAUUGUAAAGGCAAAAUAUUUGAUGAAUAUUCUUUCAAAUAAGCAUAGAAUAUGGUGUUUAUUUUUGGAAAUAUAUUAUGUAAGAUAUAUUUGGGCCAUGAAGAAGAGAAUGACUUUUAAAAUUAUAUUUCAGCCAACAUUGCAAGGGGGAAGCUCAGUUCUUUUACCCAAAGGAGAUAAUGAACGGUUGUGUAUCAAACUGUUCCCUUUUUUAACUGUAACAUUUCUUUGUUAUCAUUUAUAGAAAUUUGAGGAUUUCUGUUAAGGUGUUUUCUUCAGAUAAGCUCUGCCCUAAAAUAACAACAGCACCUGAAUCAAAAAAGGAAUUUCACACAGAGCAGUAUUUAAUCAAGUAACUAUAGCAUAUUUCAGGAGAAAUUAGCAGGGUUGUUCAUGGAGUAAUAUACUACUUCUUUUAUUAACUUUGCUGUAUAUAGGUAACAGAUGAAGAUAUAAGAGCUUUUGAGACAUUUGUUCCUUCAAGAGUUGUUACAAAUCUGGAUGAAAUAUUACCUCAUAAUGUUGACUGGCUUAGAAUGGUCAGGUAAAGAUGUAUUAAUCAUAACCAUUAGAAUUUCCUCCAAUGUGAUUGGUGCAUCAGCUGCUUCAUUUUUCACUAAUCAUUCUGUACAGUUGUAAUCAGACAGUAAAAUCAGAUAGUUGGCUGUAAUCAAACACCUGUAAUUGGACAGUUGAAGCAGCCAAUCAUACUAGGUCCACUUGGCUAAAUCCACCAAUUACAGAAUUGAUCACAAUAACCAUAGCAACAACCACUUAUCCAAAGAAAAACAAGGCUAUUUCCAAAAUGGAAAAAUAUUUAACUAAAGAGUUUGUCUCAACUGGAGAUAUUUGUUCUAGGUGUAUUUGUUUUUUUGGAAAUUGAAAUGAUUAUGAUUAAUUGCUAACAGGAUUUCUUGUUGUCCAAUUCUGUCAGUAAUGAUACUUGUGAUAAACAAAUCAGACUCCCGCUUUGUGGUCCUCCAAUUUUGUUAAUCACUUGUAUGAUUACAGACGAAAUGGACUCCACUCAGUCCUUUUACCAUUAUUAAAUCACUAUCAUUUUAAAACUUUUAAUUUUCUUAUUGGGAUUUCUGUGCAUACAAGUAAGACCUUUAAAGUAGUAAUUUGUCAUUAAUGGUCACUCAAACUAGUUUACUGGUUAGAUUUCUAUAAUGAUAUUCCACAAUGUAUACGACAGACUUUUUUCAUCCAAUUAAAUGUAUUCUUUUCUUGAAAUAUUUGUAAUGUUUGUACAUGUACUUUAGGCUAAAUAUCCUAAGCAGCUUUGGUCAGAGUAUGCGACUGAGGAGAUUUUUUUCACACUGUAAAUUUUUUGUGUUAACUUUUAAGCAGUUUGGUCAGAGUAUACUACUGAAUAUAUUUUUUCAUAAAUGAAUGUAAAUUUUUUGUACUAACUUUUAACAAGAUUUUAUUACUGUAUUCUUGAGUUUAUGAUUAUUUCAGCCAUCAGUUGUCAAAUUUAACUCACUUAUUGGCCUUGCAUGUUGAAAUGUAAUUGCUGAUUUUUUUAUACCAUCUGUACCUAAAACAUCAUUUAAAUAAGCACUGUUUUGAUAUUAACUUUGUGAUCACAGUUAGUGUAGUUUUGAUUUCAGUUUUGGGAGUCAAGAGAAUUACUGGGAAAGAUUGCUGACUGGUGAGAAUUUCCCUUUUUUUUAAUACAGAGGAACAAGCAAAAUACUACUGAAACCAAAAACUACAGAGGAAGUUUCUCAGAUCUUAGCAUAUUGCAACUCACGCAGGUUAGUGACACUAGUACUAUUGCUGCUGAUGUAUAUGUAAGAAAUCUAUACAACAUAUCCAGGUGCAAACCUUAAAAUUUUGUAGCUUUCCAGUUUUAAUGUAUGUAGUUUCUCAGUGUUUGGGUUAAGAAUAGAGAUCAGGUCAAAAUGCCUUUGGUGAAUGAAUUGUGAGAAUACCUUUUUCUUGGUCUCUCAGAUUAGCUGUAGUCCCUCAAGGGGGAAACACUGGAUUAGUUGGUAAGUUACAUCCCUGCCAAGUUGAUAAAACAUGUGCAGUAGCAUAUUGUACAUGAAGAAGACUUUAAAGGAACUGCCUUUGUAUCUUAAACAAUUUACCUUGAGUUAGUUUUUGUGGCUACUGCCUCCUAUAGGAGGUAAAGCCACAUGUUAUUGAAAUGAGUGAAUGAGUGAUGGCAACAAUAGAAUGCCCAACUGUUCAAUACAAAUAGAGGCCUUCUUUAAUGUAUACAAUGUCAAGCCAUGUGCUAAAUCACUUUGGUAUUUAUAACAAGGUAGCAAGUAUGUAAUGUCUCUGAUUUUGUACCCAGCCUUCCCUACCUGGGGUAAAUAACAAGAUGGUCUUAUUAUUUCUUAUACUUAUUAAAGUCACUCAGAAUCCCAGAAAGAGACACUGUUUAAUUAAUAUGCAUUGAUAACUCUAAUUUUACCUUUACUUUCUCACAACUUCAACAGGUGGCAGUGUGCCAAUAUUUGAUGAAAUAAUAUUAUCCACAUCAUUAAUGAACCAAGUAUUGAGCUUUGAUGAUGUUUCAGGUAAAAAUUGAAUCUUCUAAUCAUAUCAGGCUUGGCAUUUUUUAUACUUCUUUAAGUUCCUGCCUUAUGCUCAUGUAAAAAUAAGGAUCAACUACUAAAGGGAACUUGUCACAACCAUGCAAGACCACAGAAGUAUACAAAGUAACAAUAAGUUGUUCACAAAUAAUUUUACCCACAACUCAAUAGAUAUUUACUAUGUAUCAUUAGGUAUCCUUGUCUGUCAAGCUGGUUGUGUUUUAGAGUCAUUGGACAAAUUAAUGGAAGAUCAUGGUUUUAUUAUGCCACUGGACUUGGGAGCAAAAGGAAGGUAUGCAUACUGUAGCAUGACAAUGAGUGGUUUGUCAUUUACUAGUGGUCCUGUGGAUGCUGUUUUUCUUGAAUCAAAAUAUAAAGUAAACUAGUAUAAGUCAUAGUAACCUAUUUUAAAUGUUAAAAUUUCAAAUCACAGAUGAUAUUUAUUCCCUAUAUGAGCUUUACCUGAUGUUGUCAUGACUCUUAGAGUAGAUCAUAACUUACUUAACAAUCAUUACUGAAGAAACAAUUCUCUGUAUUCUUGUGACUGAUUUUAACAGUUGAUUUCUCUCCUUUUUUUCCUUUUUCACAUUGCAGUUGUCAUAUAGGUGGCAACAUUGCAACAAAUGCAGGUGGUUUGAGACGUCUGAGGUAUGGAUCCUUACAUGGCAAUGUUCUAGGCCUAGAAGUGGUAAUUACUGUUUUAUUCAUUCAUUGCCGAAGUUAAAAAAUUGAUAACUGAAGAAAAGACAGAAUGAAUUAACAAGCUAGUGAGUGGGUUAGUGAAUCAGUGAAUGAUAAACAGAGAGACAAACAAACAGACAAACAAGUAAGCAAACAGACAAACAGCCAGACAGCACUUAAAAUGAAGGAGCAACAAAUUUUAUAACAGUUGCUCAUAACCCAUGAUAAUAGUUUUCUUUGCUGUACAUUGUUAUUUCUUAUCUGGUGUUUCUGUUGUUGAAUGACAAACAAUGGAAUGAUAUGGAAUUUUUUGUUAAUGUUCAGGUUCUUCCUGAUGGUAUUAUACUUGACUGUCUUUCAUCAAUGUUAAAAGACAACACAGGUUUGUUAAAACUGUCAAUUUGUAAAUACUUUCUGUAAAUUAUUUUUAAGCAAUAGACUGCACUUUUUAUUGUUUUACCGAAUGAGAGGAGAAUGAACAUUAGAGAAGAUAAUAAAUCACAAGCCAGAGGCAAGUGGUUUUGAAACUCUUCUCAUGUUCUCCUAAGAUGCAAAAUGGGUUAUUAUGGUAGUAAACCGUGUGGGUUUGGUGCAAUAUAGGUUUUUGACCAAUUAGGGUGUUUGUUAUAUCUAAGUUGUUUCAAAAAGUGGAAUAUCACCUGUUUACUGAGUUUUGCCAGUGCAUACUUUUGCAUAUUUAGUACAAAAUUAUUAAGUGUUAAAAAAAUUGUCUGUAAUCUCAAUUUAGUUGUUCACUUACAAUUUCCAGCACUAACAGAGUUUGUCAUCAACAAUUGUUAUCUUUAAGUCUGACUGACCAAACUUAACUUUUCAUUUUAUGAAUUAUCUUUCUAAAUUAAAGAAACACUCAAACUGUAGUUGGACAGAUUGCUUUCUUUGGUUGCAUCAGUACUAGAGAAGAAAUUACAAGGUAUACCUACUAAAAAAUGUUUCGCUAUAAAGAAAAUCAUCAUUUUCAGGGUAUGAUCUAAAACAGCUGUUCAUUGGAUCAGAAGGCCACCUGGGUGUGAUAACAACUGCUUCAAUCCUGAUACCACCCAGACCAAAGGUUAUUGAACACUAAAUAAAUAUAAAUACAUACAGUAGUCAAGUAGAUGAUAAAUAUGUGAUAAAAUAUUUCACCUCAUAAAUGAAACAUUAUUUGAGAAAAUGGGUUAUUUGAUAACUACCCUUAUACCUUUUAAUAUAAGCAUCUAAGUUAAUCUUUCCUCAGUUACCUCACAUUUCCUACUCCUUUUCUCAUAAUUUGUUCCAAUAAUUUUUAAAUGGAUCUUCCUCUGCAGGCUGUCAAUGUCACUUUUCUUGGUUGUGCCACCUUCUCUGAUGUUCUUAGUACAUACAAACUGGCAAGGAGUAUGUUGGGGGAAAUUCUGUCUGGUAACUUUCUUAGUUUUUCUGUUAUACCACCAAGAUCACCAAUUUUGAGGUUUGUUUGGGCAUCUUGCACUGUGUUGUGAUUUAUUAGUGUGAGACUCAAUGAUCAAAAUCAAAUCAAAAUGUCGAAAUGUUCAUGGUCUCAUGAGUCUUACGGUAACAAUGAGAUGCUUUUUUACAGCCUUCGAAUUUCUAGAUGAUUUUUGCAUGAAUCUCGUGGAAACAAAGCUUGGUCUACAUAAUCCCAUCAGUAAGCAGCCAUUUUAUGUGUUAAUAGAGACUUCAGGCUCUAACAGCUCCCACGAUGAAGAGGUUAGUCUUAAGAUGUCGUAACAAUCUUUGGAAUGAGUUUCAGGAUCAUGGUCAAAUAGAGCUGCAGUGGAUCACAGGGUGCCUUUGAUCCUUCCUUCCUUGUAUAAAAAAGUAAUUUACAGGUAAAAGUCAUGGUAUGCUCCUAGUCUCAAAUGAGUUACUGAUUUAAGACCCCCUGUUGGAUAAUCGUGGCUGACUCAGUGCACAUGAUCCAGAACCAUCAGAAAACAUAAUUUGAGAUACAAGGGAGUGAGGUAUCUAGGCUACUGUUGCACAAGGAUACAAUGGCAUUAGCCCUUUCCUUAGAUUCCAUAAAGUGAUAAUAAAUGUUAUGGCUUUUCCACUGUAUGUGAAUACCACAAAUAUCAAAAUUGCAAAAAACUUUACAUUGAGUGCCACUCUCUAAGAACCCACCCUCUCUAAAGUGUAAUGUUUUCAAUAAAUGCUCUACCCCUCCCCUCUCCCUCUAGUAAGUCCCCUUCUUGAAGCCCUGAAAGUGAACAUGCUAUUUGUGGCCUUAUUAGAGUAUUCACAAUAAUGGCUUGUCCAAUAAUUAUAUUUUAUUAUAUAUUAUUUGUAUUUAUAGAAACUCAAUUUCUUUCUGGAGAAACUUACGUUUGACAAAAUUGCAAGGGAUGGAACUCUGGCAACAGAUUUGUCAAAGGUUAGUUUCUCUGUUGAUUUGUUUAAUUACUUUUAUAUUUGAAGAGACUUUCCAUAUGAUAUUUAGUUACAUCUGUGAAAGAAUAUCUUUUCCAACUUAGUUGAAAGAAGUCUGGGAUAUACGCGAAAGAAUAUCAGAGAGCCUUACACUUUGUGGAACAACUUACAAGGUAAGUUAAAAUACAUUAAUGUCAUGUGAGAUAUUUGUGAAAAAGUACAGGCAUUUUGAUUGAAAAAGAAGAGCUUUAAAGUUGAAUCUGAUGGAGGAUCUAGCAGAAAUGCUUAAGACUGAACAAAAUUUAUCAACAAUAUGAAGCUGUAGAAUCACCUUGAAAACCAUUUUAUUUUGAACAGAAGCAUCAUUGAAGAUUGUGUGGCAUUUUGCAUAAACCUUGGUGUUAUUCUACAUUUGUCAAUGUUGUUUGAGUUAUUGAGUUGCUGCAGUAAAGUGAUUCUAUUAUUCAAAGUUCGGAAAGUUAUAUUUGAGACUCCAUUACUCUGUGACUGGUGACUCUGACUUUUGCAACUGUGGUUGGUCUAAAAACUUGAUUUACUUUUUCAGCUCAUCAAGUACAACAUUAAAACCAAUCACAAAUCAGUGACAUGAAUUUUGCCUCAUUUGCUGUUUACCUUUGUACUGAUUAGCUGUUCUUAGUUUUUUCUGCAUUAUGAUACUACCAAGAAAUGGCAACUUUUUUGGCACUGCUAAUUACAGCAUGCAUAUGAUGGAUAUGUUUUCUGUUCCUAGUAUGAUCUGUCACUCCCUUUGUCAAAAAUGUAUGAGCUUGUGUCACACAUGAGAGAAAGACUUGGUGACCUGGUGACUAACUGUGUUGGAUAUGGCCACCUUGGAGAUUGUAAGUGUUAUUACCCUUAAGCUUUAAAAAUGUAAUGUUGAAGUCUGUAUAAGAGACUGACUUGCAUGGCUGUCAGAGUUCAUCACAGUUUUUAAAGCAUGAAACAAGGAGAAUUCCUACUUAACCUAAAAACCCAUUGUCUCCUGAAUGGAGGGAAGGCACUUUGAAAGGAUGAUAUCAUUGCCUCUUGGCAUCUUUACGAAACAAAAAUAUCUCUAAAGGUUUUAAACCCAGACCUGUCAAUCAUGACCCUAAGGCCCCCACAUAUCCUGGUAUGAAAAUACAUAUGAUUACGUUGGAAUGUCUCCAUACCUUGUUGGAAAUGGUUCAAGUUGCUGAAUAUCAGUCAGUCCCAAAGUUCAAUCAGAUGAGGGAGGGGAAUGCUCAAAGGAACUCACAGUUUACUGUGAUUUAUAUGUAUACAACAUUGACUCUGUGAAAGAAUAACUGUAUCCAAACGUUAGUCAUUUCGUAACCAAAUAUGACUUUAUUGACAGGAUCUAUCAGUACCAGCCAUGAACAACACAGAAUUUCUUUGUUUUUUGCCAAAAAAAAAACUAAAGAUAGCGUUCUCAAGUCUCCAUUUUCUAGUAUUCUAUUUGGUUUAUUUCAGUAAUAUUUGUGUAUCUCUGGAUGUGUGAGUUUGUCCCUUACAAAGUUUUCCCUUUUGUAAUUCAAAUACCUGUAAGAGAGUUACUUUGUUUAAUCAUGUUUGGUCUUACUUUUUAGCAAUAACUGGUGCAAUGCCGUCUUUUCUCAUUCAUAGGCAACUUACAUUUGAAUUUCACAACUCCAGAGUUCAGUGAACAAGUGUUAGAUUCCAUUGAGCCCUAUGUUUAUCAGUGGACAGGUUUGUUUCAUCUUUAACCACAGUUAAGUCAUUUUUCCUUCUCCAGCCAAUUAGUUCCUUUUCUACUUUUCUUUGUUAUUAACUACCACUAAACGUCAGCUUUGAAACUCUUCACGUUGGUCGAUGUAUAUUAUCAGCUCAGUUGAUAAAACCAAAAUUAUCUAGGAGUAAUUAGGUUUGCUUCUUAUUAUACUGGAGAAAUUCUGCAAUACAGGAAAGCGUAUUUCUGCUGAAAAUGCUUGAGUCGUUGUAGACGUGAGCACAGCUGUAGCCAUUAUUUUUCAGCAAAACAUGGCGGGAGCAUUAGCGCGGAGCACGGCCUGGGAUUGAAGAAAGCAAAUUAUAUACAUUACUCCAAAUCAUCACCAUCAGUAGAUCUGAUGAAAAACAUCAAACAACUUCUAGACCCUAAGGUAACUUGUCCGAAUUACUUGCUAGCUUCUGUAGGUUCUAUAGCAAAACAUUUAGAGAGUACCUCGAAGAACUGUGGUGAUACUAAGCUGGCUAACAAAUUUGUGAUUAUGGCGAUGUCACGGUCUUCUCUUUUCCAGUUAUAAUAAUGAAGGGCUCUAACGUAACGUUUAUUUGAUAUAUCUCCUCAUCACCCAUUCCGCGAUCGUCAAGGCUUGAAGGUCCUUGAACCUUUUUGAAAUCCUAGUAUUUGUUUGUUUGUUUCUAAUUCCAGUAGGUUUGUCAGCGGUUUGUUCUUGUUAGGUGCUGACAAAUGUGUUAAAUUUUUUCAUCUUCACAGGGAAUUCUGAAUCCCUACAAAGUUCUUCCUCGUUGACUUCAGUGAAAAUGACUGGUGAUAAAUAAAUAAUAGCUUGGGCGAGCACAAACCGGUGACAAGAAUGGACAGGUCAUAAACCAGGAGUGAUAGUACAUUUACUAUAUCGCAGACAAUUCAUUGGAAACAUCUGUUACAAGUUUUUGUUUUAACGAAGUGUUUAAAUGAUAUUUUUUUGACUGUUAUGGAUUAAGCGUAUUUAAAUCAGAUCCCAUCUUCCUUCUUUCACCAAUCUUUCGCUACAAUUUCCUUCAAAACAACCAAUUCGCAUGUCAUAACCCACAGAAACAUUCCGUUUACCUCGUUAUCGAAAAAACAUGUUUUUCCAUGGAUAAAUGACAGCUAAGUUUCAGUUUUGUGCUUUAUUUUGUACUUCUUAAGUAACUGAGGAAGUCAACUUAGAUAACUGGGUUCGGCACAAUUCUUAGUUCUAGUUUCCUCUCGGCCUCUUUGUUACUUUUUCCUGUGAAUCUGAGUUUGAAUUAUCCUUUAUUGUCCUUAUUGUAUUUUUCAUGUGGCCAAAUGAAAUAAACGGACAGUAACCAUUUAGACAGCC